AGCACUUCAAAGAAGGAUUCACACCACCACACACACACAUACACACACACGCACGCACUCACUCACACACACUCACAAAUCAAACUACAGACGGACAAACUGAAAUAUCGAGCUUUUGGUAAAAGACCGACUCUACUUUGGGGCUGUAUAAAACUUUAAUCAGAACAAACUGCCAUAAACAAGAAGAGCCGCGACGGACCGCGCGCGCGAGGAGUCGCAUCAAUCACGCGAAAUGCUGCGAGGCUUCACACCUUCGCACUGAUCGGACCCGGCGCGUUUCGUAAGUCAUCGCCGCGUUCCGUCGAUCCAUCGAACAGUCUCUCGGACGCCACUUUCCAAUAAAAAACUAUUUCAGAAAACAAGCCUUUCCCGUCCCGAGCACAUUUAUCAGUUUUACUGACGCCUCCGGGAUCUUCUCCAGCUGCGCCGUCACAGACCCCGCCGGUUACCGUCACUUUUCAACAUGAUCAACACCUUUUGCCAAGGGUAGUUGAGAGCAAUGGCACCUUCUUGUAAACCCUGUGAACUGGAUAUUUGCUUCUCUCACCUCAAGUAAGAGUCAAAAGACAAUUUUCUGUAGUCAAGAUGCAGAUUCUUUCAGCUGUUUUGCUGCUGUUCUGUUUGCACAAGUGUUGUUGGAAGGUCACAUGCAGAAGAGUCCAUAUUCCAGAGGUGGGGCUCAUGGACUGGGGGGAGGCUGAAAACGAGGAGCACCCCUCCCCCAAAAGCGCCAGCCCCCGCGUUCUCAACCCCCUGCGCCUUUUCGCCCGGGGAUCCCCUGGGUUCAAGAGCAACAGGAGGGAGAUUACAUAUUUGGAAAACAUAGAGGACUCUUGGGACUGGUUAUCUAACCAGACAGAUGUCAGAGAGGCGCAGAGCAGGACUAAACGCAGACCCAUCGUGAAAACGGGCAAGUUUAAAAAAAUGUUCGGCUGGGGCGACUUCAAUUCCAACAUCAAAACCGUGAAACUCAAUCUCCUCAUUACAGGCAAGAUAGUGGACCACGGCAACGGCACGUUCAGCGUUUAUUUCCGCCACAACUCCACGGGCCUGGGGAACGUCUCCGUGAGCUUGGUGCCGCCUUCCAAGGUGGUGGAGUUUGAGAUCGCCCAGCAGUCCACCCUGGAGACGAAAGACUCCAAAUCUUUCAACUGUCGUAUCGAGUACCAGAAAACAGACCGCAGCAAAAAGACUUCACACUGCAGCUACGACCCGUCCAACACGUGUUACCAAGAAUCCACCCAGAGCCACGUGUCCUGGCUCUGCUCGAAGCCCUUCAAAGUCAUAUGCAUCUACAUCGCCUUCUACAGUACUGACUAUAAACUGGUGCAGAAAAUCUGCCCCGAUUACAACUAUCACAGCGACACGCCGUACGCGUCCACAGGUUAGGAUCCAGUCCAUCCUAGACAGUGAGAACGGUCGACCUCAUUUCACCAUGUGUUUCAUCUGAUUUAGAAGCAAUUAAAAUAAAUCCAGAUGUUUCGCAUUAGGCUACACUACUGGCAUCGGCCUAUUGUGAUACGGCAGUCAGAUAGCAAAAAAAACUGAUCGGCGCUUUCGUUUUUUGGCUUUGAACGUCUCGCAUCCAUCCCGCGGUUUGAGUUCCACUGGGAAUUUGUUUUCCGAAAACAGAUAAUCUUUCGCUACUUGUCAAGCUAAUAAAUCAGAGACCUACAGAGGAUAGAUUAUACGUGAAACACCUUUUUAUUGUGAGGUUUAUGUGUGCGUGUUAGUGCGUGCGUGUAUUUUAUUGAGCAGCGUGGCCUCUUGUUCAGCACUAAAUUGUUUGAAGCAUUUAAGCAGUCGUCAAGAUAAGCGUGAACGGGUUAAAUCAUUCAGCAAAGACAUCGCUUACAAAUUACUCUUAAGUUAUUUCGCAUUUCACAAAAGAUCUAUGCGCGAAUUGAGAUUUGUGUAUAAUUUCAAAGAGUAAUUUGCCAUGUCUCACGAGAGCACAAUUCAUUGGACAGGUGGAUUUAGUGAAUCUGGCAGCCGGUUAACAACCCUUUGUCAUGGUCUCGCCACAGAGAUCCACAUUUCCAGGCUCUAAUUAACAUUAAUUAUAGUGGGAAAUUUCACUUACAAACCAUGACAGAGGGGCCCGGAGCCAAAAACUGAAAUUUAGCAUGUCAGUCAUGUAGCAAGCUUCUAUUCAAGCCAGUGACUUUGGACCGGAAUCAAACUCUUUCGUGUCAAAGUGAAAAUGUGUCAGGAGUAAAUACAGACAUUUAUGCAAACGCACAUGAGUGUAAUUUAAUACAAUAUGCUAGUCUACCUUGCGUUGAGUCUUUCAUCAUUUAAAAGAGUAUAUGGAGAUAAUUUGAAGGAUUUGUUUUUGUUUGCACAUUAUAGUCUAAAUGUCAGUGUGUCACAAUGAACCAGUUGAAAUGCCAUACUCUGAUAAUCAGAACUGGAAUUCUCAGGUUCCAUGUGUGUGUGUGUGUGUGUGUGUGUGUGUGUGCCAAACAGAUUAUAGUCGUUUAUUUCAUUUUUCCCAUAUCAAGGGUGACUGAUCGCAGUUCUGCUCGAAUUAAAGAAUCAGAUGGAUAAUUAAUUGUACUGAUACUCUAAUUGUCUUGCCACAUGAACAUUUACGUCAAUAACAUGUCGAUGCAAAGAUAGCUGUUUAUAAUUGUAUUUAGUUUAUAAUCCUGUGUGCAAAUUUGUGAAUAGUGUAUAAAUGUGACUAUAAAACCGUGUGUAUUUUGCCUUUAAAGGAUGAAUUUGUUUCUUUAAUCUAUCAAUCCUGCGUACACAAAUUUCCUACUUUUGGUGUUUGACAGUUAUAUCAAGUAGAUGUAGAGUUGAGCCAUCUAGCUUGUCACAGCUUUUAAUUUUUUUAGUAAAUUGUAUGCUUUAUGUUUGUCUCCAGUAUCUGUAAUCUACAAAAAAAACGCUCAAGGAAAAUACCUGUGAGCUUUCUUUUAACCCUCUAUGGUACUCAUUCACACUGAUUUGCUAUGAAACGAAUUUCACUUAGAAAUGACUAAUGAAUUCAUAAAGAAACUGCUAGUAACACACAGAAUUAAAUAGUUUUUAAGUAAAAAGACAAAUAUUUUUUGUCUUGAAAAAUAGUUUCUCCUCUGAUUAAUAAAUUCAUUUUUGGGAUUUCUUUUAAAAAUCAUUACACACCUUUAUUAUCUGUACUUAAAUAUUUCUCCAUUUACCUUCAAUACAGCAAUUUAUAAAUCACUUUGACGUGCCUCCCUGUGGCUUAAAAAUAUAUUGCUGGUUUAUUUUUUAAAAUGUCUUUUUAUUUCAAACAUUUCUAGUGAAGGAAAAAUGCCAGCAAAACUGCACCAUAGAGGGUUAAUUUAUUGCUUUUAUUCAGUGCAACGGAUUUAAACAUGAAGCAUAUUCAGACCGUUUAUGUGAGAUUUGUAGUGAAACAUCUGCAUAUCUGCAGUUUUUUUUUUUUUUUUUAUGACCGCAUAAAACACUUGAUUCUUCAGUCAGUAAAAUACGUUACCUCUGGAUAAAAACAUUACACCCUGUGAUAUGUGUUUCAUUUCAUCGAGCUCUACUACAUGAUCAUAUUCAAUAAAAAUCUUUCUGAUGUA